UUUUUUUUUUUUUAUAAAUACAUAUACAUAUAUUAUUUAUUGAUCACUUUUCAAGAUGGUGAAAGUGAAAGCUUUAUCUCGUUCAUCAAACGAUUAUGUUAGAGAACGUGCUCAAGACAUUCAUAAAUUACAACGUAAUCUGGACCCAGUUGCACACCCUUUUGAGAGAGGAAGAGAAUAUGUGAGAGCACUUAACUCAGUUAAAUUAGAUCGCAUGUUUUCGAAACCAUUUGUUGCUUCGUUAAAUGGGCAUAUUGAUGGUGUUUAUUGUUUAACAAAGCAUCCUACAAAAUUAAACUCUGUUAUUUCUGGUAGUGGUGAUGGAGAAAUAAGAAUUUGGGAGAUAUCAGAACAUCAGACAGUUUGGAGAGCUCAGGGACAUCAAGGGCUUGUGACAGGUGUCUGUGCAGGUCGAGAUGAGGGGCGAUUUUUAUCCUGUUCAACAGAUAAGACGGUUAAAAUUUGGGGCAAUGAUACAGAGCCUAUUGAAACAUAUAUGGGCGGUCAUGCCUUUACAGGUCUUUCACAUCAUCGUUCUGACCCUCUCUUUGCUACCUCAGGUGGUACGGUUGAAGUAUGGGAUGAAAAUAGAUCAGAACCUAUUCAUGAUUUUGCUUGGGGCGCUGAUUCAUAUCAAACGAUCAAGUUUAAUCAAGUGCAAGAGAAUAUUUUUGCUUCUUGUGGUACUGAUCGUACUAUUGUGUUGUACGAUUUAAGAACAAGUACGGCUAUUACAAAAGUAGUCAUGUCACUCAAGACAAAUGCUAUUGCAUGGAAUCCUAUAGAGGCUUACACUUUUACAACUGGUAGUGAAGACCAUAAUGCAUAUACCUUUGAUAUGAGAAAUAUGAAAGCUGCUAGAAAUAUCAUGAAGGAUCAUGUUUCUGCUAUUAUGGAUGUGGAUUAUUCACCUACAGGUCAAGAAAUUGUAACAGGUUCAUACGAUCGUACAAUUCGUUUAUUUGAUGUCGGUACAGGUCAUAGUAGAGAUUGUUAUCAUACCAAACGAAUGCAAAGAGUCUUCUCGGUCGAGUUUUCAAUGGAUAGUAAAUAUGUUUUAUCAGGCUCAGAUGAUGGUAAUAUUCGUCUUUGGAAGGCACAUGCAAAUGAAAAGAUCGGUAUCGUUGACUGGCGUGAAAAGAAUAAGUUGGAAUAUUCUAGUAAAUUGAAGGAAAGAUAUGGACAUAUGAAGGAAAUCCGUAGAAUUGAUAAGCAUAGAAGAACUCCAAAGGAUAUUAAGCUUGCUGAUUCUAGAAAGAAAGAAAUGAUCCGUGCAGAGAAGAGAAAAGAAGAAUUAAGACGCAAACAUUCAAAGAAAUUGGAUGCUGUUAAGCGUGUGCCUGAACGUGAAAAACCAAUUAUUGGUAUUGCAAAGUAAAAAAAAAAAAAAAAAAAAAAAAAAAAAA